CUUCCGUGUCCUUCCCGAAGCCGGAAGUUGAGAAAUUGGAGCUGAUCAACCGGAGAGCGCAAAGCCACCGGCCGCGCCGCCGCGAAAGCCCGAGGCGGAGGAGACGGCGGCGGAGCGAAGAGUAGGCGGCGGGGAGCUAGGCGGGAAUGGCGACGGGGAGGAGGUUCCUGCAGUUCCAGUCGCUCCUCGCGCAGCAAGCCCUACGCCUCCGCGCCGCCCCGAGACCUAAACCCCAACCAAACCCCCCCCACCGAUUCCUCCACGCCCCAUCCAGUCCCGCGGCCGCCUCGCCCUCCCGCCUCCCCCUAUGGCGCAGCACUGGCUCGCUCCUGCCGGUGAGCGCGGCGGCGGCCGCGGCGGCGGCGGCAGCCGCCCGGGCCGCCGCGGCGCGGUGGCUGAUGGCCGCGCGCGAGGCGGGCUCGCUCGAGCUCUUCUCGCUGCAGCGGCGCAGGUCCUCGGGGUGGUUCCCCUCCUCGUCCAUGUUCCUUAGCGGCGUGUCCUGGACGAAGUGGUUGCCGUCCGCCGAUGGGGCAGUGUUGAUGCUCGUGGGCGCCAAUGUGGGCGUGUUCAUGCUAUGGCACCUGGCUGAUCCUAGCUUCAUGAGGAGGCAUUUUAUGAUUUCUCUUGAUAACUUCAAAAGCGGGAGGUUACACACGUUGCUCACGAAUGCCUUCAGCCACGCAGAGAGUGGUCACCUCAUCAGCAAUAUGAUCGGUCUCUACUUCUUCGGAUCAAGUAUUUCCAACAUGUUUGGUCCUGCUUUUCUACUGAAGUUGUACGUAGCAGGAGCACUUGCUGGAUCUGCAUUCUUCUUGCUAGAGAAAGCCUUCCUAGCUCCACGAAGACAGUUUUAUGGCGGAUGGGACAAUUCAAGAACUCCUGCGCUUGGUGCAAGUGCUGCUGCUAAUGCAAUUAUCCUUCUUGACAUCUUUUUGUAUCCAAAGAAACUAGUCUAUCUUUACUUCUUCAUUCCUAUUCCAGCUGCAAUUAUGGGGGCUAUUUUGAUCGGUGCUGAUUUGCUGAGGGUGAAGAGGCAAGGUCAGGUAUCAGGUACUUCUCAUUUAGGUGGUGCCCUAAUAGCUGCUCUUGCAUGGGCUCGAAUCAGGAAGGGUUGGAUCUGAUCAUGUACUCCAUCUGGUGGGCUGAUAGUUGCAACAUGUCAUUUGACGAGUUACUCAUGGACCAUGCGACUCGUCCAAGUCUCUGAUGUAGGAAUGCUUAAAAACUUCCUGGAGAAUAUCUCGGUAGCAUCGUACUAGAUAUUGUUGACUGAUUGGCAGGAAACCAUCCUUAACAUAAUAACAUUUAUCCCUGUGGUGGAUUGCAAGGGCAUUUUCAUGGCUGGUCA